CUCUCAAAAUACAAGUUUUUACGACACUCAAUGUAAUUAAAAACCUAAAGUAUAUAUAACAUUUUUUAAUUGAUUCACUCAUUUUUAUUUCUUCUCUUUUAUUCAUGAAAUCCAUUCAUAAAUUGGAUUAAAAUACGAAUUUUUAUUAAUUGUUAACCCAGACCAAAGUUAAUAUAUUGAGCUAGAACAAAAAAUAUUAAUUUUGCUAUGAGUAAUAUGUCUGUUAUAUAACGGGGGUAUCCUGGUAUAUAGUGUAUACAGGUGUCCAGUUACAGCUCUACAGUCUACACCACCUGUAGGAGAUACAGCUUCAGUAGCAAGGUCAGACCAGAAUAUAUUCAUCCGUUAUUCAAACAGUUCAUCCCGGGAUAUUUAACCAGUUCAUCCUGGGACAUUCUAGUGAUUUAGUGACCGUCUUGUAACUUUUUAGAACUUUUUUUUAUUUUUCCAUUUUUGUUCAGGACUUUCAGAAAGUGAACUAAAAUUUGAUUUGAGAAUCUCAAAAAAUUUCACAGAUUUUUAACAACAUUACUGUCUUAUAAGUGCAUUUUAUUGAAGUGUUUUAUAUCUAAAAAAUGUUGCGCUCUCUUCGGCCUACGCGAAGUGAAUGCCCCGUAAGGUUUGAAUCGGAGAAAGAUAAGGAGCGAAUCUUAUCGAUUUCUCAGCUAAUGAAACCAAAUGGUUCGAACGAGUUUUCUCACAAAAGAAGUUUCUCGAUAAAAAAGUUGUCAAAACUGAUAAAGCAUGAGAAGGAUGAACCUGAGCCUGGGAAACUCAAGAUAAAGAAGAGUAUUAAAGAUCGUGCUCUCAAGAAGCUGGAUAAAAGUGUGAAUAUGUUCAGUAUUAAACAGAAGCAGGAGACAAGGAACCCUAGACCUUUAAACAGGCAUUUAACCCUGCCCUCCCCACACAGACCUAGCAAGUCUUCUAUCUGGGAAACCCAAAAGAAAGAAUUAAGAAAAACAAAUUCAAAUCUAUACUCAGAUCUAGACCGAUCUUCUAGUGCUGAUUCAGGAGUUGCAUCCCCAACUAGUCCUCUCACUCCUAUAGUAGAUAAUUCACGAGGAGUUCAUCUGUACAAAUCCAACCAAUUAAAUUUAACCCUACCAAGAUUACAACCAAGAAACAGAAGAAUAAAUGAAGACCAGGGUUGGGAGGAGAAAAAAUCAACAAUAAGAGAAAGAACAGGAGAGGAUCUUAAACAGAAUUUACCAGGAACCUUGAAAUGGAGAACGCGCCCGAAGUCUGUCAAGGAUCUAAGACGUAAAUCACAUGUGGAGAGCAGAUUAGAAGGAAGAAAGCUAUCAGACAAUUUCAAACUAUUAGAUCAUGUUGAAGAAUUGUGUAAACAAGCAGACAUCAACAUCGAUAGAAGGCUGAAAAAUAGAAUCAGAAAGAUAUCAGAAAACUCAUUAAAUUUGGUAACCCUGGAUGUGAAUCAAACAGGACGGAUUGAAGAGAACUCAAGUUGGAGAGCAAUCAAGUUUUCUCUUCUUCUUAAAUAUCAGAUUGAAAGGAUUCUGACUGAAAUAAAACCAGUGUGUUUAAAAACUGGAACCACAAGUCUUAUUUUUAUCAGAUUUCAUCAUCCUUAUAUUGGUCCCAUCAAGCUUGCUCUGAUUCAUGUUUGUUCUUGUAUCAACAAUGAAAACGAAGAUUCAGAGGAGUAUCCAGGUAUCCCUGAACCUUCUCCAGUAUCUUAUCAAGGAGAUUGUAUCGACUAUCUGUACCAUCAACGUCUUCAUGAAGCUAGAGAAGGACCUCCAGUUGUCCUUGACGAGUGUCUAGAAGGAUACCUGGAUCCAAAGGAACGAAUGGGAAUUCUCUGGUAUCUCUACCUUGCUCAGUGUGUUCAACCCAUGGAGGAAUUUGAUGAGCAAAACAUAGGGACUUAUCGUGAAAUGGAGGUUAGAAGACGAGAGGAUGGAAUAGGACGAACAAGAAUAGAGACGACAGGGACAGGAUGGAGACGACGAGAAAUAGAAGAAAGUGGACGAGUUUGUCACAGAUGUGGGAAACCGUUCUCAAUCUUUAGUUCCAGGCAUGUUUGCAGUGACUGUUCUGAAACAAUCUGUAGGACAUGUAUUUCAAGAAUUGACAAAAUAACUCAUCUACCCUUAUGUACUCAUUGUAACAGCACAAGAUUGAUAAGUUCCCGAUCCUGUGGCUGGAUAAGUAAAAAUAUCAAGAAAAAAUUUCCAAAUAUUCAAAGUUCAGCAGUUUUCACAGAUACAAGAGGUGACCCAACUGUAGUGACUGUAAGAGAGCACUGUGAAACUGUUCUUGAAGCUUUGCUCGGAAGUUCUUUAGAUUCUCAAGAUACAAGUCCAAGUGGAGGUCUUCUCCACCCAGUCCAUGGACCCAAACUAUCCAGUAUUCUGGCAGCUUUCAACUCAGCGCUCAGGGGGGUCAUUCAGAAUGAACAUAUUGAAGACAGCAUUAGUCCUAGUAGUAUACAUAUAGAGCUCAGUAGAUACAUGGACCAGAUUAAGCAGGCUUCAUAA